UUUCUUCCGCAUCUCUUCUGCAUCUCUCAUAAGCAUUUAACUUAUCAUUCAUCUUUUUCCCAGCUCACUCUCUGUUGCUUUCUUUCGUUUCCUUUCCUUUAUCUGCCUUUAAAUAAUUAUUAUUGGAAGAGAGAAUGAAAGGAGAUGAAGGGACAUCGUCAGCAAAUGAGGCUGUAAAGAAAAAGUUCAAUAGAAUCUGUGUUUUUUGUGGUAGUAGAGCAGGUUACAAAUCAUCUUUCAGUGAUGCAGCUCUUCAGCUUGGAAAAGAACUGGUAAACAGAAAGAUUGAUCUUGUUUAUGGUGGAGGAAGUGUAGGCUUGAUGGGAUUAGUCUCAAAAACAGUAUAUGAAGGAGGUUGUCAUGUUCUCGGAAUAAUUCCUAGAGCUCUACUGCCGCAUGAGAUAUCAGGGAAAACGUAUGGAGAGCUAAAAAUAGUUGCAGACAUGCACCAAAGAAAAUCAGAAAUGGAAAAGCAUGCUGAUGCUUUCAUUGCACUUCCAGGAGGUUAUGGAACCAUGGAAGAAUUCUUGGAGAUGAUUACUUGGGCUCAGUUGGGAAUUCAUGAAAAGCCAGUGGGGUUGUUAAAUGUUGAUGGCUACUAUGAUGGCUUGCUUGCAUUGUUUGACAAGGGUGUGGAGGAAGGUUUCAUAGCAGAUUCAGCAAGACAUAUAAUGGCUUUAGCUGACACAGCAGAGGAGUUGAUGAAGAAAAUGGAGGAGUAUGCACCAAUCCAUGAGAGGGUUGCACCAAGACAAAGUUGGGAAGUGGACCAAUUAUUAGAGUCUACUACACAAGUGGGGGAAUCCCUAACCUCUUAGAUCUCUAUCAAGACAUCUGUAUACACUGAUGAUAUUUCUGAAAAAUAUGAUUUUAUGUUCUGGUCUAGUUCCAUUUAAUCAUAUAAAAGAAAAGGACAGCAAAGUUUUAACUAAGACUAUAUAUCAUCUCUCUCUCUGAACUCUUAAGUG